GCCCGCCCUUGCCUACUGAGGUUCACACUUCGCUCCAUCAUUGGUCAAGUCAAAUGUCAAUAAUUCCCCUCCCUCUGCCCUGUGGACCUGACAGAUCCUCGCAGAUUUGAAACUUUUUUCCCUCCUUUUCUUCCUCCCGGAAUCCAGUUUCAAACUCGGCCGAGAAGGGGUUCGGUCUGUCUCUGCGCCGGCCGUCGCAUGUUUACCAGGCGAGUGAAUCACCCGCUGGAACCUAGUCCUUUAAAGCUGUCCGGAGGAAGCGGAAAGCUUCUUAGGGGGGAAAAGUUGAGAGAAGUUGGCUGGUCGCUGCGGCCGUCCGCGGUUUGAGGAAACCAGGUAAAGCAAACAGUGAUUUCAGCUCAACAAAGAGGCUGGUUAAUACGUAAAGAGACAAUGGAUGUCUUCAACACCAAAAGCCUAGCCAUGCAGGCACAGAAGAAACUGCUGGGGAAAAUGGCCAACAAAAGCGUGGCCAAUAUCUUCAUCGAUGACACAAGCAGUGACGUCUUGGAUGAACUCUAUCAAGUGACCAAGGAAUAUACUAAAAACAAGAAGGAAGCCCAGAAGGUCAUCAAAAACCUGAUCAAGGUGGUGAUAAAACUUGGGGUUCUCUAUAGGAACAACCAGUUCAAUGCAGAGGAGUUGGUGCUGGUGGAGAAGUUCCGCAAGAAAGUCCACCAGUUAGCCAUGACAGCCGUCAGUUUCUACCAGAUUGACUUCACCUUUGACAGGCGGGUUCUGGCAGGCAUCUUGAACGAGUGCAGGGAGUUGCUGCACCAAGCCAUCAACCGACACCUGACAUCCAAGUCCCACGGGCGUGUCAACCACAUCUUCAACCACUUUGCAGACUGUGAGUUUCUAGCAACAUUGUAUGGUCCCACGGAGCCCUACCGCACACACGUGCAGAAGCUUUGUGAAGGGAUUAACAAAAUGUUGGAAGACGAAAGCAUUUGAUUGCUGCAUUUCCAAGAAUGACUGAGUGGGUUUACUGAGAGAGAGAGAGAGAGGACUUUGCUGGCAGGGAGGGUGGAGGGGGGGUG